CAGAGGACAACAAGGAUUGAAGCUGGAUGGUGCUGCUGACAAUCUGGGAAGAUAAGUGACCAGUGAUUGUUCAUCCUGAGCGUCAGUCAGGGAGCCUCUCUCUGCUUCCAGCUUGCUCUGUUCCCUUCUCUCUGGUUUCUCUCCACUUUAUUUCUCUCCUUCCACCAUGGCUCCAACCCUGGCCACAGCAUUUGCCCGGCGCUGGUGGAUGGCAGUGACUGCCAUCAUUGAGAAUCUGCUCUUCUCAGCCGUGCUUCUGGGAUGGGGAUCACUCCUUAUCAUGCUGAAGUCAGAGGGCUUCUACUCAUACCUCUGCAACGAGGAAGGUAACAGCACCAGCUUCAAUCUGUCCCAGCCCCUUGAACCCCAGGAAUCUGAAUACACCGAGUUCUACGAGAGUGAGGGCGGUGUGGUUGGUCUUGGAGAUGGUGUGGAGAUGAGGCCACUGGUCCCCAUGGACCUGCCCCUGACAAUGAAUGGCUGGCUGAUCUGCAAAGAGCAGGAUGAGAUGCUGAACCUGGCGUUCACUGUGGGCUCCUUCCUGCUCUCUGCCAUCACGCUGCCUCUGGGGAUCGUCAUGGACAAAUAUGGGCCUCGCAAGCUGCGACUCCUGGGAAGCACUUGUUUUGGAUUGUCCUGUCUACUCAUUGCUUAUGGAGCCUACCAGCCUAAUGAACUUUCCGUCCUAAUUUUCAUCGCCCUGACUUUUAACGGCUUUGGGGGCAUGUGCAUGACCUUCACCUCUCUCACGCUUCCUACCAUGUUCGGAAACCUUCGUUCGACCUUCAUUGCCCUGAUGAUCGGCUCAUAUGCCUCCUCUGCUGUCACCUUCCCUGGUGUUAAGGUGAUCUAUGACUUAGGCAUACCUUUCAUCACUAUCCUGGUUGUGUGGGCUGCCUGUGCAGGCCUCGUGUUUCUGAACUGCUUCUUCAACUGGCCGCUGGAACCGUUCCCAGGACCCGAGGACAUGGACUACACUGUGAAGAUCAAGUUCAGCUGGUUGGGCUUUGACCAUAAAAUCACAGGGAAGCAGUUUUACCGCCAAGUGACCACAGUUGGCCAGCGUCUUAGUGUGGGCAACAGCCUGAAGCAGAAGGAGCUGGCUACCAAGGAAGGACACAAGCUCUGCCUGUCCACCAUGGACCUGGAGAUGGACUGCAAGCCUCAAAACGAGACCCCGUCGUUCUUUAAAACCAUCACCACACCGGUCUUCCUGCUCAGUCUUGUCACCAUGUCCAUCACUCAGCUUCGUCUAUUAUUCUACAUGGGAGCGAUGAACAGCGUCCUGGAGGCACUCACUGAUGGAGACCUUAACACCGUGGGUCUGUACUCCUCCAUCUUUGGCGUGCUGCAGCUGCUCUGCCUGAUGACCACCCCCGUGAUCGGUCAGAUCAUGGACUGGAAGCUGAAGGACUGCGAUGACGGAGAGGAGAAGGAGCCCUGUGGCAAGGGGGAACCAAAGAAAAAGCGCAGAGACAAAAAGACUCAGAAGGUGACCAAUGCCCUGCGAGCCUUCCUACUCACAAACAUCCUCUUAGUUGGAUUUGGGAUCACCUGCUUGGUGCCAAAUCUCCCCCUGCAGAUCGUGUCUUUUGUUCUCCAUACUGUGGUGAGAGGAUUCAUCCACUCUGCUGUUGGCGGCCUGUAUGCUGCUGUGUAUCCAUCUUCACAGUUCGGCAGCCUCACAGGCAUGCAGUCUUUAGUCAGUGCUGUGUUUGCUCUCCUGCAGCAGCCCCUGUUCCUGGCCAUGAUGGGACCCCUGCAGGGAGACCCUUUCUGGGUCAAUAUUGGUCUCCUGGCUCUCAGCAUGCUGGGCUUCCUGCUGCCUCUCUACCUGGUCUGGUACAGACGGACCCUCACUAAGCAGCAGGAGGAAAAGGAGAACGACGCUAAGAUCUACAUCAAAAUCAAUGGCACCGACAUCCCUGAGGCUUACGUGUAGACGACUCUGACUGCAGAGAAAUAUGAAAAAAGGAUGAAGAAGCAUUUUACUGGGAAAUAUUCAGUAAAAUAUGUUGAAAAGGCCUCUUGCAAUUUUCAAAAUUUCACAUCUAACAUAUUGAUUGAUGUUAUAGCGUGCACACAAACAGACUGCUACAUCCAUAUCCAAAAAUCCCGUCAAGAUGAACUGAUGCUGCAGAAACAGGUCUAUCAAGGAGGAAAAUGAAAUGUGGAAGAAAAAAAGAGAACAAGAGAGAGGAAAGACUGUGAAAGGAAGGAGGCAUCAGUCCUCCGCAUUCCCCCAAAUCCUCUGACUUCUCUUUUUAUUCCCAUGCAUGAGUGCAGCUCCUUCAGAAUAAGACUGCUGAAAAAUCUCUGAAAGGGUCUGAAAAAGGAUAAAGAGAGCCCUUUUUAUGCACCACAUCACAGGCAACUUCACUAUCAUCAGUGAGUGAGCCAUUAUUAUGACUUUCCUUUUUGUAUGGUAUAUUGUCCUUAAAUCAUCCUGAGUGUAAACCCCAUCACAUGGUGCUACCUAGAAAUCCACCAGCUGUAUAUUUUAAUAGAUGGUGUUCAGUGAGUGUGGACUAAAUGGCAUUAAUUAGUGACAAAGAGGAGAGAAGAGCCUUACUGCUGAUGUUUCUCGGCUAAGUAUUAUUAAUUACUGAGCUGGGUUUUUUUUUCUGCAACACUGACAUUGUACUACAGUAAAAACUACUGUUGUUUUGGAUUUACUGUAGUAUUUGAUGAAUGUGGACUUGGAAGCCUUCUUAAUUUUUUCCAUUUGGCAAAAUAUUCUUACAUGUUUAACAUAUUUAUAUUAUUUCUUCUUUUUUUAUACUUAACAUUUACCAAGAGUACCGUUUGAGUAUAACUUUUGAUAAAAUGCAAGAUAUUUUUCGUUUUAUUCAGUCCCUCAACUGCGCAAAAGACCACCUUUUGGUUUUUUUGUCAUUUAGACAUGCUUAAUUUUUAUCAAAUAUCGAUCAUUGUGGCCUAAAUGAUUUUUUUUUUAAUUUAGUGAUCUUCUGUUUUAGCACUUUGAUCUGUUAACUUUUUUCAUUUCACAAACAUCACCCAUCAGCUUCUCAGCACUUCUCUCCUGUUGUCUCUACAUAGAAAGUCCCACUACAUGUAUUUAUUUUUGUUUUACACUCACACUUUUAAGAUAAAUGUCUUUAUGUUUUUUUGUAAAUUAUGCUGUGCUGCCAACUACAUGUGUCUGAUCUUACACUGUGUUGUUGGCAUUCAGCUUUUUCUUGAUGUAGAGAUGUGUUGUUUUUAAAGCAUUCCUGUUUGUAUUGUGGAUGAUCUUAAUAAA